UACUGUGUGAGCUGUGAUUGGUCACAGCUUAUCACAUGGUACAAGGCUGUUGUGAAUAGCCUUGUACCAUGUGAUCUCUGUGAUCAUUCACAGAUUUCACAUGUAGUAAGCAAUGAUGUCAGAAGUGACAUCUUCCUUACUACUAUUCAUGUGAUUACUGAUUGGCCAAUCAGUGAUCACAUGAUUGGGACCGCACAGAGGUCCUGUACAGUGAUCUGUGUACUUCAGACACAGCGAACACCGGAUCACGGUGCCACGCGCUCCCAGGGAGUGAGCUCAGUCCAAAAUGCAGCACCAAGUUUAUGAACGGCAACCCGCUCCUGCACUGCCCCUGUCCAGCCGUUUAUGUACAUGGGCUGGACGGGAAGUGGUUAA